AUGUGCUUGGCUCGCUGCCGUGGAGACUCUGACUGUGCUACUCAGUGCUUUGCAGAGUACGGAUGCCCCAGGCUAGAUGCAUGGUUGAACUGCACUGUGGAGAAGGAGCAGUGUGUUAGCGUGCCAGCAGGCACAUAUGAUGUGAAGAAGUUCUAUGCAGAGAAUAUCCCAACGAAGAUGAAGGAUUUUGACGUGAGGAAGCUGGAGGGGAAGUGGUACAAAGUGAGGGGCUACAACCCCAAAUAUGAUUGCUACCCUUGCCAGACCAACACCUUCAAGUAUAACACUGAAACCAAAAAGAUGGAGACGGAGGUGAAGCUCCGAGUGGCGAGAAAGAAGAGUGGCGGAUAUUGGGAGAAUGUCUUGACAGAACAGAUGGAUGUGCAGAGUCCUUCUGAUCGGAGCACUUUGUUUGCAAAGGGAGAGAUUUUUGGUCUUUCCUUCCAAGAAGAGUGGUACGUGCUGGGGGCAGAUGAUGAUUUUGUAAUGACUGCUUAUGUGGGCAACAACCUACAGGACGCCUAUAAAGGCUGGUGGUCUUAG